GGCGUCAAAAAUACCACCAAAGGAGCGCACAUCAGCAGCUUUCCAGUCAGCUGGGAGGCUGAUGUCCAACGAUCCGAUGCAUAAAGCCCCUACAGACAACUACUUCCAGGAACACGCGCGGAGCCGAAUGUAAAAAAGCGGAGCGCUUUUUCUUUUGCGCUUUAUUUUGACAAAAAUGCCACUCCUGGUUUAUUCGACUUUGUCUCAAGUGUGAGUCUGCCUCUUUUUUAGAAAAAAAAAUCUUCUUGUUUUGGACGAACAUGAUGAGGAAUAUGAUUUGGAGACUUUACAGUUCAGAUCGUUCUUGGGUUUUUUCUGUGUGGAAUCAGUGGUGCGUGUUUUACGCAGCAGCUGCGUGCUUGCUGUUUACGCCCGUCAGGGCGGACGACACCUGUCCCUCAUCGUGCGCCUGUGCCAGAGAGUGGGGAACGGUGAACUGUUCGUCCGCUGACGAGGAGACCGACGUGCCGACAGAAAUACCGACCUGGACUUCCACUCUCAUCCUCAAAGGGAGAAACAUUUCAACUUUAUCCACUCGUGCGUUCACUCCCAACGGUACAGAGUUGGAAAUAAUAACACUGUUGCUGCCCAAUAACGGGAUCCAGGCUAUUGAGCCCUACGCUUUCCGUGGUCUCACCCGUUUACAUGUCCUAGAUCUCAGCCACAACCAGCUGGAGUCCAUUUCACCCCGAGCUUUCCAUGGAUUACCAGAGUUGCGCUCACUUUACUUGAAUUCCUCCUUUUUGCCCCCUGCCACAGCGCAGCUCCAAAACGCGCUCAGCGCACAAACUUUGCGCAACCUCCACAGACUGGAGUUAGCAGGAAAUGACCUGAAGUCUAUACCCCUAGAGAAAUUAGACAUUUACCGCCUGCACGAUUUAGUGUUGGUGAAUAACUCUUUGGAGAAAAUCGAGAGGGAAAAUAUUAGCAGUUUGUACAGGCAAAAGCGCAUCCGUGUCUACCUAUCUUUGAAUCCAUUUCGAUGUAACUGUGACCUGGAGGCGUUUUACUACUGGCUGAAGAACUCUUCGCAGUGCCCGGAUGCUGCGCGCAUCCUGUGCAGUGAACCAGAGAGUAAGAGGGGCAUCCCUGUGGAAAAGCUGCGGGGGGAGGAUGUGGACUGCAUGAACGAGAACCUGGAGGCGGUUUCAUACGUGCUCCUCGGUAUAGUGUCGGCUCUCAUCGGAGUGGUGUUUCUCAUGGUGCUCUAUCUCAACCGGAGAGGCAUCAAACGGUGGCUCAACAACAUCCGAGAGGCGUGCAGGGACCAGAUGGAGGUUUACCAUUACCGCUAUGAGCAGGACUCAGACCCGAGGCUGGCCAGUGUGGCAGUUUAACCUGCUGUAACCGGAUCCCAGAGCUGCCCUAUGGAGGGGACGUCAUGAAAAACAAUAAGUCAGUGGUUUCAACCCAGUUACAUAACCUUCAGGAACUGGUUGCAUGUCUGAGUUUGGGACAUCUACAAAGCCAAAGGCUGUCAAACUGUAAAAGACAAAACAUAUUUUCCAUACUGUAAAUAACUUGAGCAAGGUGUGCACAAAGUGAACUCCAUCAUCCCAUGUGUAAUCAUUAAUACCUUUAAUUCUGUGGCAAAUUUACCCUUAAGUAGAAAAGCUGCAGUAAAGACGGAACUCCUUGCUGUUAUUGCUGGUUUACUGAUGAAACAAUGCAUGGAUGAGCAAGGUAUUCAACUUUUAAUCCAUUGUGGUAGUGCAUGAUGCAAAUAGCCUAAGGUAAGAAAUGAGAAAAGGACAGGUUUGUUGGAGUGCCAUGUUUGUUUUCAGCAGGGCAGUUUUUCUGAAAAUCAACAUAUCAUUUGAUGUGAGGUUUCAAUGAAGCUUCGACAGGGCAGUACUGACCUUGCAUGCAACUGUAGGCAACGCUUAAAUAAAUGGUGAUCGUUAAAAAA